AUGUUAGUGGCGCUGUUUUUACUUAAUUUGUUCAUCAUUUACAUCACAAUUACAUCAUUUAAAUAUUUUUGGAACCGCCGUCGUCUCUACAAACUAGCAAGUCAAAUUCCAGGCCACAAUGGACUUCCAAUCGUUGGAAUUCUACCAAAAUACUUAAAAAUCGAUAAAAAAGAAUUUUUCAGCUCAACUUUUGACAUGAUGGAUCCAAAUGCAACUCUUACUAAAAUCUGGGUUGGACCUAAGCUAAUGUUGCUGACUGAAGAUCCCGAUGUGAUCCACACAGUCUUUAACUCUACAAAUUGCAUUAAUAAACCUGAUAUUUUCUAUCAUGCAUUGACUGUCAUAAAUGGAUUACUUCCUUUAUCAGGUCCACGAUACCUUGAACAUAGACGAAUCCUCAAUAAAUCAUUUAUGCUGACUACAUUGCAGAAGAUCCAGCCUAUAAUAGAGGCAAAGUGCAAUCGAAUGAUCAAGAAAUUGGAAGGAAAUGUCAAUAAAGAACUAGACAUAAUGGAUUUUGUUGGUGCAUGUGCACUUGAGUCAUUUGGUGAGGCACAGUUUGGAUAUUCAUCAGAUCUUUAUGGAUUCGAGGGACAUAAGAUAAUUAAAGAAUCGCUUGAAUUUGGUCUAGACCGCGUUACCCAGCCAUGGCUUCAUUAUCUACCAGAGUUUAUAUUCAAAAUGACAGAAAUAAACAAGAAAAUUGACAAAGUCAUCAGUUUUUGCAUAAAAUAUAAAGCAAAAGUAACGGAAACUUACAAUCAAAAGAAGGUUGAGGACUACGACUCAGUAAAGCAUCGUGUGAUUGACGUUCUAUUGAAUUCAGAGAAUAAUUUGAGUGAUAUUGAAAUUAGAGAUGAGCUGAUUAUGUUCACGAUCGGGUCCUACGACACAACAGCAAAGACAGUCUCGUUCCUAAUUUUCUUAACUGCAAUGCACCCAGAUGUCCAAAGCAAGCUUAUUGAUGAAAUUGACAGUAUUUGUGGAACUGAAGAUAAUCUCGCAUUGACAAUUGAAUUUUUCAAGAAAUUUGAGUACAUGGAAAUGGUCAUCAAGGAGACAAUGCGGCUGUUUCCAGUUGGACCGUCAGUAGCAAGGACAAAUGAUGCUGAAAUUGAAAUUGGUGGCUUUUUAAUCCCAAAAGAUUCAAUAUUCUUGAUGUCAUUGAUGAGAAUGCACAGAAAUCCUAAGUAUUGGGGACAUGAUGCACAUCUGUUUAAGCCUGAGAGGUUUGCUGGAGAAUUGAGGAAUUCGAGAUCAUUUGCGCCUUUUACUGGAGGUAAGAGGCUUUGUAUAGGUACGGAUCAUGUAUUAUAG